AUGAUUAAUUUAUCUUGGCUUAGCAAAUUACAGUCCUCUAUAUUAGUGACUUUUUCCCUGGUAAUAUUCGUUUUGUCUGAUGUUCCGCGACCCCGCGGCGUAUCAUUAUCGAAGGCUUCACUUUAUUCACCAACAAAAGAUUUUACGUGUUUUGAUGGUACAAAUACUAUUCCAUUUAGCUACGUGAACGAUGAUUACUGCGAUUGUUUCGAUGGCAGUGAUGAACCCGGCACAUCGGCUUGUUUAAAUAGUAUUUUUCACUGCACAAACGCAGGACAUCGACCGCAAAAUAUUCCAAGUUCUCGUGUAAACGAUGGAAUUUGUGACUGUUGUGAUGGGACUGACGAAUAUGCUGCACCUGAUUCAUGUACCAAUACAUGUGAAGAACUCGGACGCGAAGCCAGAGCUCAGGCGCAACAGUUAGCCGAACUUCAUAAAGCGGGUAACUCGCUCCGAUUAGAACUAAUCGACAGAGGCAAUAAAAAGCGUAGCGAAAUGGCAGAACAAUUAUCCCAAUUAGAAAAAGAUAAAGUAGAGGCUAUUCAAAUUAAAGAAGAGAAAGAAGCAUUGAAAAAUGAAUUGGAGGCAAAAGAGAAUGAAGCUCUUAAAGUAUACAGAGAAGCUGAGGACAAAGAGAAAGAGCGAAAAGCAGAGAUAGAAAAAGAACAAGUUCUUAAUGAAGCAACUGAACAGUUUAACAAAUAUGAUUCUGAUAAGGAUGGAGUUCUCACUAUGAGUGAAAUAAAAGUUGUGAAUGUCUUCGACAAGAACAAGGAUGGAGAAGUGGACCAGGAAGAAAUUCAAUACUUCUUUGGUGAAAAUGAAAGUAUUGAUAAAGACACAUUUGUAACUUCAGUUUGGUCAUUACUGAAACCAUUGUUGAUGAUGGAAGAAGGCAUGUUCCGUCCUGAACAGGAGGAGCAAGAAGAUCAUGAAGAUGACUUACCACAGGUAGAAGAGCCCCAAGAUAUGGAAGGUGAAGAAGAAAGUGAAGAUAUUGAUCAACAUGAACUGAAUGUUGAUGAUCAAAUUGAUGAACCCUCAAAAACAUAUGAUGAUGAGACAAAGAGAUUGAUGGAUGAAGCUUCAGAAGCUCGUAGACACUACAAUGAUGCUGAACGUGCAGUAAGAGAAAUAGAGUCCAAUAUUAGAACUAUUCAACAAAACUUGGAAAAGGAUUACGGUCUAAACCAAGAAUUUGCAACUAUGGAUGGUGAUUGCUUUGAAUAUGAGGAUAAAGAAUAUGUCUACAAGUUAUGCCUGUUUGAUAGAGUCACACAAAAGUCUAGGAACGGUGGUGGUGAAGUUGGAUUAGGAAGCUGGGGAGAAUGGGCUGGUGAAGGCGACAACAAAUACUCUAUCAUGAAAUACACAAAUGGAGUUACUUGUUGGAAUGGUCCAGCUAGAAUGACCACAGUCCAUUUAAGCUGCGGCUUAGAAUCAAAAUUAACAUCAGUCACUGAACCAUUUAGAUGUGAAUAUAAAAUAGAUUUAACCACUCCAGCAGCUUGUGAUGACUCCCAAUUUAUACAACAACAACAAAAGAGGGAAUCGCAUGAUGAGCUAUAA